AUGCGGCCUCUGGUUCUGCUGUGGGGCUGCCUGGUGUUCCCAGGUUAUGAAGCCCUGGAGGGCCCGAAGGCGGUCAGCGGGUUUGAAGGUGACACCGUGUCCCUGCGGUGCACGUACCGGGAAGAGCUCAGGACCCACCGCAAAUACUGGUGCCGGCAGGGCGGGCUGCUCUUCUCCCGCUGCGCGGGCACCCUCUACGUGAGCGGAGGCCAGGAGACCACGGCCGGCAGGGUGUCCCUCAGCGACAACCCGCAGGAGCUGGCCCUCACCGUGACGCUGCGGGACCUCUCCCUGAGUGACGCGGGAAAAUACUGGUGCGGGGUCGACAGGCUGGGCAUUGAUGAGUCGCUCCUGGUCUCUCUGGUCGUCUUCACAGGGCCCUGCUGUCCUCCCUCCCCCUCCCCCUCCCUGCAGCCUCUUGCUACCAGGAGCCCGCAGCCCGAGGCAAGACCUGGGCACACCCGGCGCCCAGAAUGGACGUCUGCUGCUCUCUCCCCGGCAGUCACCACGGCCACGCAGGGGAAGACAGGGGCCGGGGCCCGUCCGUUCACAGGGACCCCGCGACACGCAGGAACCUCUCCGUAUGCGGGGACCCCCCCUCACACGGGGACCCCUCCUCACGUGGGGACCUCUCAUGCAGGGAGCUCCCCUCUGGCCGUGCCGCUCGACUCCACCACAGCCAGGGACACCAGUGUUGCGCCCAGGAGCGGCAGCUCCAAGCCCAGGACAUCCAUCCCGAUGGUCCGAAUCCUUGCCCCGGUCCUGGUGCUGCUGGCCCUUCUGCUGGCCGCCGGCCUGAUCGCUGUCGGCAGUCACGUGCUCCGGGGGAGGAAGGAAGCGCAACUGGCUGCAGAGACUCAGAGGAACGAGAAGGUCUACCUCUCACACCUGACUCCAGGGGAAGAGGAAGCCCCUUUCCAGGACCCCGAGGGGAGCGUGAUCCCGAUGCCUCCCCUGCACAUGUCCGAGGAGGAGUUGGGCUUCUCCAGAUUCGUCUCAGUAUGUGGGCCCACGGGCCUAGCCCGUAACAGCCACGAGAGACACUCCCUCCUCCUCUUCAGUGACACUGUGGGUCCACUCGUCAAAGGUGAUGGUGUCACGAGAUGGGAAGAGGCGCAAUCCCUGAGUUACCGCUGGGAGUGCCACUCAACCCACGCGUGA